GGCCCACUGACACCUGGACCUACCGGGAGUUUUCCUGGUAUCCUGGUGGGCCAGUCCGGCACUGUCUGGCACCUCAUACACCAAUGCAGCACAACCAACUGGUAUAGAGAAGGACAAGCUUGGCAGCUUAUGGGUAUGCCCAGCUACACCCAGCUGUUUUAUGUUAUAAUUUAUGCCUUUUGUACUUAUUUAUAUAUACAACAGCAACAGUGCAAUAGCGCUCUCUGCACAAGAGAAGCGGAAAUUUCACCCCUUGAAAUUAACAGGAGUAGCUUUUUGUCACCCCAUGUAACUUGCGGGGCGCUGCCAACCGAGGCACUGACCUUAUCCCAAGGCAGCACACAUGAAGCAGAGACUCCAAAUGCAAGACUCUAUACUUAUGGGUUUUCUCGACAAAUUCUGCUCCACGUGUCUGCACCCUGUAUAGGGGAUAUUCACCUGCAGACAAUAGUAUGAAUUUGAAGAGGCCCUGUCACAAAAACAUUUUUGUAAAUCAUCUUUAUUAUUUAAAAUGUUUAGUUGCGAAGCUACAGGCCAGGAUCAGCGCUGCUAAAACUCUCUCUCCUCUGCUCUCUCCUCUCCCUUUAGAAGGGAUCGCUCAAAAUGGGAAACACAGAACUGGUUCUGCCCAUGCCUGCCCCCGAUAAAAAUGUUUGUGUGCCCUCCUGUGUGUCUCCUGGCUCCAUUGGUUGUGUCUGAUGUCCCCAGUCCCAACCCGUACCCCAAGCCCGCGUCAGAGAAGGGAGACCAGCAGCUCGAGGGGAGGGACCGAAGGGGGGCCCACCAGGGCUGGGGUUCUCCAUUUCUUUUUGAUACCCCAGCAGCCCAGUCCAACUCUGAGGGAGGGGCAGCACAGUGGGAGAGAGGUGUGGCUGCACAAGCUGUACCUGCUAUAUGUGGCCCCUGGGCCGCCAGUUGGACAACACUACCCUACAGAACGAGCAGAGAGUGAGAGUUUUAGCAACUCUGAUCCUGGUCUUUAGCUUCAUUACUGAACAUUUAAAAUAAUAAAGACAAAUUACAGGGGCUGUUUAAAUUCAGACUGUUGUCUGAAGGGGAACAUUCCCUUUAAUUCAGACACAGGAGCGAGUGGAUUGGCUAUUUUACUCCACAUGUGACCGUAGCCUAUGGCCAAUUUGCAUUUGUGCCACUCUGGGUGAGUACAUCCAAUAACAACCCAGUCUCUCCCCAAUUGCCAUGUGAAAUGUACCUACUACAUUGAUAUUUAAGUGCCAGCAGAAGUAUCUGGCCAGAAUUGGCAGCAAACAAAUCAUCUAUUCAACGCCAUCAUACAUUCCUUGGCCGCCAUGCUGGCCGUUACAUUCAACAGAGGUGACUUUUGGUUACCAUGGUAACCAAUAACAAUCACCUGGGGGCUCUUCCCCAAGUACUUGCUUCUCAUUGGGACAAAGGCUGUCCUUGCUAGCUACUCCCAUCCAGGCCAACAGGUUGAUGCCACCUAGUGGACAAACUAAAUAUAGUCUACACACUGAAAUAAAUUCUAUUCCUCCUCCUUACAAACAUGGCAAACACUGAUAUCUGUAAAUGUUACUUCUAUUCUAGAAAGAGGAAAAAGAGAGGGAGGUCUGUUUUACUUGCUUGAAACCAGUGUAUUCUAUGGAGCGCAUAGCAUUUGGCAAGAUGAUCCUCCAUCAGUCAUGUUUCUGCUGUAGCCAAUGCAAACAGAAGUUAAGCUUGAAAAACUAUUUUUCUGUGUUUGGGAGACUGUACUGUAAAGUACACCAUGACCAGAUGACACAAGGAGGAACUGCAGUAUCCAGCCAUGAGAAAUCUGCAGCCGGUUCAGUUCCCGUCACAGAUCUAAAGAAAACCAAGAACACCAAGGAAUUCACUAUGGCUGAAGGAGACAUGAGUCAAGGUCGCAGCCAUGGAGAGUUCAUUCCAACUAACCAGACAUGUGAUAGUAAUGAUUGGUGGCUUCGUACUAAACAUAUUACUAGCGCACAGGAAUCCUAUAACAUAGCAGCCAGACACAAGGGGACUUCCCGAUGGAGUUGGCCAAACUUAUUAUCCGCUACUAAUAUUUCAGACACGCUGAAAAAGGGCGGGAAUAGGGGCAUCCCAGGUAGAUUCUCCAGAGUACAUGAGAUGAACCUGCCUAAAGUUCCUUCUCAGGAUGGAAAAAUAUUCCAAAAUCCAACCAAAGUAAAGGAAAAGGAUGUACUUUUCCAAACACUCAAGGCUGAUACCAAUGUUUGUGCUGCUUCACCCAAAGGAAUGAAAACCUCCAAAAUGGAAUUACUGCAAAGAAAAUAUGAAAUUGCAUGUGCCAAACCAGCAAUAAAGUCUGUCAGUCGGCCCAACACUCGCUUCAUUACAACAAAUUUCAGAGAUAUUCGGUCUUCUCCCAAAAGUAAACUGAAUAACACUGAAUCGUCACAUGUUCUCACAUCUAAAGCACCUUCAGUUGCUCCUCCCAUGAGUGAGACCAUCCGGCUGCCAAAAAUCCUACAAACCAUCAAGGAACCAAAGGCUGGGGACACACCUAUCCCCAAAACUAGUGGGGAGAGCAAUAACAAUAUGAUACAAAGUAUGGCAGAGGACACAAGAACAUAUGAGAAUGAGGCUUCCCUAAAGACUUCUCCAUCACAGCAGCAGUUAAUCCAGAUAGAGACAGGAAUGGAAUUGUCACAACUGCCCCCAGAAUCAAAUUCCCCUGCGCACGAGGUCUCCUUGUCGUCACAAACACCACGUCACGAUCAUGAACUGGAAGGGUAAAUGGGUCUACUCAAUCUUCCAAUAGGAAACGGUGUUGAGGAGCCAUCAUGGCAAAUCACAUCAAGAACAUAAAUCAAGUCAUUGAGACCAUAA